CAGCAUGGCCUCCUCUUCCUCAACGCCUCGGUGCAACUCAAACUCCUUGGAAAGUGCCUCCAUUAAAAAACCCGUGAAAGACAGAACUAAAUGGGAAGACAGUGAAGAAAUUCCUCGUCUGCCAGGGGAAAAUAGAGUCACAGACAAGGAAGUCAUUUACAUGUGUCCCUUCAACGGUCCUGUUAAAGGGAGAGUCUCCAUCACAAACUACAGACUCUAUUUGAGAAGCGUGGAAUCGGAUCCAAUCGUGGUAUUAGACGUGCCUUUGGGGGUUAUUUCAAGGAUUGAGAAAAUGGGGGGUGCUUCGAGCAGAGGAGAGAAUUCGUACGGAUUAGAUAUUACCUGUAAGGAUAUGAGGAAUUUACGCUUUGCUUUGAAACAAGAAGGUCACAGCAGAAGAGACAUAUUCGAGCUCCUGACAAAAUACGCUUUUCCACAGUCGCAUAACUUGCCUUUCUUUGCUUUUCUGAAUGAAGAGAAGUUUGCUGAAAGCGGCUGGCUGGUUUACAACCCUAUGGUUGAAUACAGAAGACAUGUGCUGUCCUGGAUCCAUCCGGAGACCCAGGCUGUCAUCACCCGCUCCAGCCAGCCCCUUGUUGGCAUGGGUGGGAAAAGGAACAAAGAUGACGAACGGUAUCUGGAAAUCAUAAGGGAAACCAACGGCCAGCUGUCCAAACUGACCAUCUUCGACGCCAGGCCCAACGUCAAUGCCGUGGCUAAUAAGGCAACUGGUGGUGGAUAUGAGAGUGAGGAUGCCUAUCCCAACGCUGAGCUCAUCUUCCUAGAUAUCCACAACAUUCACGUCAUGCGGGAAUCGUUGAAAAAGCUCAAGGAUAUCGUCUACCCUCACGUGGAGGAAUCUCACUGGCUGUCAAGCUUGGAGUCCACCCACUGGCUGGAACAUAUCAAGCUGGUUUUAACGGGCGCCAUCCAAGUGGCCGACAAAGUAUCUUCCGGAAAGAGUUCGGUCUUGGUACAUUGCAGCGAUGGUUGGGACCGCACCGCCCAGCUCACCUCUCUGGCCAUGUUGAUGUUGGACAGCUACUACCGCACCGUUGUGGGUUUUGAAGUCUUGGUGGAAAAGGAGUGGAUAAGCUUUGGGCAUAAGUUUGCCUCGAGAAUCGGUCACGGAGACAAAAACCACGCGGAUGCCGAUCGGUCCCCCAUCUUCCUCCAGUUUAUUGACUGUGUGUGGCAAAUGUCCAAGCAGUUUCCCACAGCUUUCGAAUUCAAUGAACAAUUUUUGAUUACUAUUCUGGAUCAUUUGUACAGCUGCCGCUUUGGUACAUUUUUGUACAGCUGUGACUCCAUAAGAGAGAAAGAGAAACUGAGCGAGAAAACCUUGUCUCUGUGGUCCUUGAUCAACAGUGCAAAGUCAAAAUACACCAACCCCUUUUAUACGAAAGAACUGAACCGGGCGCUCUACCCAGUCGCCAGCAUGCGCCACUUGGAGCUUUGGGUUAAUUACUACAUUCGAUGGAAUCCACGGAUUAGGCAGCAGCAGCCCAACCCAAUGGAACAGCGUUACAUGGAACUUCUAGCCCUGCGCGAUGAUUACAUGAAGCGGCUGGAAGAAUUGCAAAUCACAAGCAACCCCAAAUUGUCCAAUUCCUCCUCCUCUUCCUCCUCCUCCUCCUCCUCCUCCUCUUCCUCCCAGAUGAUGUCCCAUGUGCAAACUCACUUUUGAAGGAGAGAGA